AUGGCCAAAUCAAAGAACUCGUCCCAGCACAACCAGUCGAAGAAGAACCACAGGAACGGUAUCAAGAAGCCUAAGACGCACCGUUACCCUUCGCUCAAGGGCACCGACCCCAAGUUCCGCAGGAACCACAGGCAUGCUCUUCACGGCACCAUGCGCGCUCUGGUGCAAGGAGGUCAAGGAAGGCAAGCGCGAUGCGGCAUAAAUACAACGACCACGAACGAGCGAGGCGGUUUCGAUUCUUUCAUGAGACAUUUGGUUGGCGUCAAUGGCAUUCGGACUUCAUAUGACGGCCUCGAGCUUUCGAGCGCAGAGGAUGGGAGCAGUACCCACACCAGCCCUAGGCAUGAGAUGUGGCAAUGA